CAAGAGACCACUAACUUCAAUUAGUGAAAUUAUAAUUUAGUCCUUGAAAAUAAAAGUUAUCUUCACUCAAAUCCUCCAAUCAAUGGGAAAGCGAGGACAUCACGAUUAGAAUUAAUUCAGUAACAAAAUUAACUUUCCAUAAGAUUUUGGGGUUAUACAAUUUUUUUCUUUUAACACAAGAGAUGAUUUUUAUUAAGAACAAUUGGUGAUAAAACGGGUUGUAUAAAUUUUUUGGGUUGUGAGUGAGUGAAAGAGAGAGUAAGAGAAGGAGAAAGAGUACGAGUGACAGAGUUUGAGUUAGGGUUUUGCAGGCCGGCAGAGCGGAGGCUUCGGUCUCUGCAUUUUCUUACCCGUCUGGUCAUGUUUAGUUUUGUUUCGUUUUGGUGUAUGGAUUUGCUUUUGUUCUUCGUGGGUCUUGAGUUCUCUGUUGAAUCUUGAGUCAUCUGUUUGUUUUGGUUCUUUGGGACGUUUGUUUCCAGUUCGAGAAAGGGCUCUUUACUAUUGAUGGCGAUACUUUAGGACCGCGCCGCUGUGUCCGGCGAUUGAUGCUCUCACCGGCUUCGAUGAGGUUGGGCUCUGUCACCUGGCUCUCCUUGUGUGGUGAUAUCAUUGGGUGAAUCAAGUUUUUCUAGAGAUUGGAUUGUUGGUUGAUGCUGGGGACUUUUUUGUGUUGGAGUCUACUCAAUUGCGAUUUUUUCCGACGAGUCUGCUAUUUGGAUUUGCAUGGCAUUAUUGAGUGUUUGAUCUAUGGAAACCUUGCCCUUUCUUUGGAUUAUCUGUCUGUUAUGUGGAGAAUUAUUAUGUGGUGGAGUUGCUCAGUCAGUGAACUGCAAUCCAGCUGAUAGAGAAGCUCUUCUUGAUCUCAAAAGGGGCCUGAAUGAUUCUUGGAAUCGGCUCUCUUCAUGGCAUGGAACCAAUUGCUGUGGAUGGUCAGGAAUAGCUUGUCACAACACAACUGGUGCUGUUCUCGCAGUUGAUCUCCCAAAUUCAUCAGGUCUUCAGCCAUUAGGCGGAGAGAUUAGACCUUCUUUGGCGAAACUCAAGUCCUUGAAACAUCUGGAUUUAAGUGGGAACAAUUUCCAUGGUAAAAUUCCUCAUUUCCUGUCCGAUUUGCAGAACUUGCAGUAUCUAAACUUGUCAUUUGCUGGGUUUAGUGGUGAAAUUCCUCCAAAUCUUGGAAAUCUCUCUAGCUUGCAGUUUCUUGAUGUCUCUUCAGUUAGUUUAACUGUUGAUAAUCUUCAAUGGGUGAGUGGUCUUCUCUCGCUAAAAUAUUUGAGCAUGAAUUAUCUAAACCUUUCAAGCUUGGGAGGAGCAUGGAUUGAGCCAUUAAACAAGCUUCCACUUUUGUCUGAGUUGCACUUGGAAUACUGUGGUUUAUCAGGUUUCAUCUAUUCUCUUCCUUCUGUUAAUUUCACUUCACUUAAAGUCAUGAAACUUCAGUGCAGCCUCUUCACGGCCAAGUUACCAGCUUGGUUUGUGAACAUUAGCAGCCUUGUAUCUGUUGACAUUGGAAAUAGUUGGUUGACUGGAAGGAUUCCGCUUGGUUUUGGUGAAUUGCCAAAUUUGCAGUCAUUGAAGCUUAAUUAUAAUAGGGAACUCUCAGCAAGGUGCUUCCAACUAUUUGCAAGAAGCUGGAAAAAGAUAAGAGUUCUUGAUUUCUCCAUCACUAAUUUACAUGGUAGGCUUCCUGCUUUUCUUGGAAAUUUGACAUCUCUCACUCAUUUGGAUUUACACUUCAAUAAUAUUGAAGGUGGGAUUCCAAGCUCCAUUGGUAAGCUUUCUAACUUACAAUACAUUGACUUGUCAUUAAAUAAAAUGACAGGAAGCUUACCUAAUUCACUUGGCCAACUCAAGAAUCUUGUUGAACUCCGAUUGAACAGUAACUUGCUUCAAGGUUCCAUCCCUUAUUCUAUUGGAAAUUUACAGCACUUGACUAUCCUCAACCUUUCAUCAAACAACAUAAAUGGCAGUCUGCCAGAUAGUAUUGGACUGCUCUCUGAGUUGUAUACUCUUGAUGUUUCACUUAAUAAGCUGACAGGUAUAAUCUCAGAAGCUCAUUUUCAUAGGUUGGAGAACUUGGAGGAAAUUAUUUUAUCAGAUAAUUCAGUCAUUUUAAAUGUCAGCUCCCAUUGGGUCCCUCCUUUCCAAGUCAUUUUCUUGCAGAUGAGUUCAUGCCAUGUAGGUCCUUCCUUCCCUUAUUGGCUUAGAUCUCAGAAAAAUAUCGAAGUUUUAGAUUUCUCAAGGGCUGGUGUUUCAGGUUCUAUCCCAAAUUGGUUCUGGAACAUGACUAGCAUUCUAAGCUUUCUGAACUUUUCUUUCAAUAGUUUAGAGGGUCAUAUACCAAAUACAUUCAAACUGAUUCCCUAUGCAAUUGUUGAUUUGAGCUUCAACCAAUUCAAAGGACCUGUUCCUCUUCCAAAUACCUUGUCACUAGAUCUCUCUCAUAACCAGUUUUAUGGUAGUAUGCCAGAAAAUAUCAGUCAAGUCAUGCCAUCCUUGCAAUUGCUUUCACUUUCUAGUAACCAGUUGACUGGUGGAAUCCCAGCCUCAAUCGGAGAGAUGCCACUAAAUGUCUUGGAUCUCUCAAAAAACAAUUUGGCAGGAAGCAUUCCUUCAAACAUAGGGAAUUGUUCUUUCCUCACUGUUCUAGACCUUCAAAAGAACAACUUUUCUGGUGGGAUUCCAAAUUCUAUAGGUCAGCUAAAUGGGCUUCAAACACUUCACUUGAGCAACAACAAAUUCUCUGGAGAAAUUCCAUCAUCUCUUCAGAAUUUAUCAAAGUUGGAAACUUUGGACUUGGGGAGCAACAUGUUGACAGGAAAAUUACCCUUUUGGGUUGGAGAAGCUUUUCCGCUUCUCAGAAUACUUAGUCUCAGGGCAAAUAAACUUUCAGGAGAACUUCCCUUGACGCUUUCAAAUUCGAGUUCGCUGCAAAUAUUGGACCUGGCAGAAAACCAGUUAAAUGGUUCCAUUCCUGCUAACCUGGGAAAUCUUAAGGCCAUGGCUCAACAGCAGAAGGUUAACCAUUAUUUGCUUUAUGGAGAGGAUGAAAAUCACAAUUACCAAGAGAACAUAUAUGUGACCAUAAAUGGCCUUGGAUUAACGUACACUAGGACUAUUUCCCUGCUAACCAGCAUAGAUCUGUCUGGAAAUAAUUUAAGUGGAAGAUUUCCUGAAGCAAUAACAAGAUUGGUUGGUUUGGAGGUUUUAAACCUGUCAAGGAACCACAUCAAUGGCCAGAUUCCUGAUAGAAUUUCAGCAUUGCGUCAGCUGUUAUCUCUUGAUCUCUCAAGCAAUAGGCUUUCAGGUCCUAUUCCCCAAAGCUUGACUUCAUUGACAUUUCUGGGAAAUUUGAAUGUGUCAAACAAUAACUUGUCAGGUAAAAUACCUUCUGCAAAUCAGAUGUCAACUUUUAAUGCAUCCUCUUUUGCUGGGAACCCUGGACUAUGCGGAGAUCCUCUUGCAGUGAAGUGUGCCAAUGGUUCAAACAAUGGAGGUGACAAUUACCCAGAUCCUGGAAGGAAAGCUGAUCAAGAUGAUAAUGGCAAUGGGUUUGCAGAUAUUUGGUUUUACAUGAGCAUUGCGGUGGGAUUUGCAGUAGGUUUAUUGCUUCCUUAUUUAGUAUUCGCAAUGAAAAGGCCCUGGGGUGGAAUUUAUUUUGCAUUUGUGGAUGGAACUGCCUAUAGAUUGUCAAGUGAGAAAAUGAAAGCAGCUAUGAGGAGAAGAACAGGCUGAUUUCGCUUUCUUUGUCUUUUUCUUUUGCAAGUGUCGGAUGUAAAAUAGCUAGAAUUUGGAGAAAGAGACAUUGUAGAAUAAACUAUUGUUAUCACAA